UAGAAGCAAAGUUAGAAUUCUCAGGAACAGAGCUCACCGUUUACCUAGAAGAACAAUGUUCUUUUUUUGGCUCCCUUAUGACUCUAUUGCUAAAAGGAACACAAUCUAUGAUUGACUACUUUGAAGACACACACAUUAGGCACCUAAAAUCAACAAGAACAGAGAGAUCCCAAAUGUCCUACCUUCUCAAAGUGAUGUCUUUCGUUUUAAUUCUUGGGACUACUCAAGGUGCCUUUCAACAUCGAAGAGCUAGGAACCCUGAAGCGACCAUGAACAUUAGCCAAAUUAUUUCCUAUUGGGGCUACCCAGAUGAAGUAUAUGAUAUUGUAACUGAAGAUGGUUACAUCCUUGGCCUUUAUAGAAUUCCUUAUGGGAAGACAAACAAUGACAGUUCAGCUCAGAGGCUUGUUGUAUACUUGCAACAUGGUUUAUUUACAUCUGCCAGCAGCUGGAUUUCUAAUCUUCCCAACAACAGCCUGGGCUUCAUUCUAGCAGAUGCUGGUUAUGACGUAUGGAUGGGGAACAGCAGAGGGACUACAUGGUCCAGGAAACACACGUACCUCAAAACAAAUUCCAAAGAAUUCUGGGCCUUCAGUUUUGAUGAGAUGGCAAAAUACGACCUCCCAGCCUCCAUUGACUUCAUCGUGAAGCACACGGGACAAGAGGAAAUAUUCUAUAUAGGUCAUUCCCAGGGCACCACUAUUGCUUUCAUAACGUUUUCCACAAUACCAAAGAUAGCCAAAAGAAUCAAAAUAUUUUUUGCCUUAGCUCCAGUUUUUUCUAUUAAAUACUCAAAGAGCCCUUUAAUUAAAAGGGCAUACAAAUGGAAGUCAGUGAUAAAGGCUUUUUUGGGCAACAAAGACUUCCUACCUAAUACCUCAUUUAAAAGAUUUGUUGGUUCAAGGCUGUGUCCACUGAAGACCAUUGGUAAGAUUUGCCGUGAUAUCUUGUUUAUGAUAUAUGGAUGUGACCUGGAGAACAUAAAUAUGAGUCGUGUGGAUGUGUAUAUGUCACAUAACCCAGCAGGGACAUCUGUUCAAAAUAUGCUACACUGGAGUCAGCUUUUUAAUUCUAGCCAAUUGAGAGCUUUUGAUUGGGGCAGUCCUGUUCUGAACUUGGCUCAUUUUAAUCAGUCCACUUCUCCAUUUUACGACGUGAGGAACAUGAACGUAUCAACAGCAACUUGGAAUGGGGGCAAUGACUUGUUGGCCGAUCCUGAAGAUGUGAAAAAUCUACUUCCUGAAAUUACAAACCACAUUUACCACAAAACUGUUUCUUACUACAAUCAUAUAGACUUUUUAUUCGGAUUAGAUGUAUAUCAGCAAGUUUACCGUGAAAUCAUUGACAUUAUCCAAGGCAAUCUAUAAAGAACUAUGGUACUCUGUGUUGAAGGAUCCAUAUCAUUUCUCUUAAAA